AUGAGCUCCUCUUCCACAGCCACCUCAGGCACAGACAACCCUCGCCUCAUUAUCGACUUCGCUCCUGCCUCGGCAGCCGAGAAUCUCUCAGAAGUCUCCGCCGUUACAAAGCUCGCCAACGACGUCUUCAUCGAGGCAGAAGUCGGCAUCUGGAACACCGGCUUUGUACGUACCAAUGACGCCGAAGUUGCAGACUUGAUCCGCAAAGGCCAACUAGCAGUUGCGUACCUUGCCUCCCCGUCUUCACCAUCCGAUGGCGCGCAGACAUUGCAAAAGGGCCAGCUAGUAGGAUGUGUGUGUGUCAAGCGACUUUCAGAAUCCACAUGCACAUUGAGCAUGCUUACUCUGGAUACGAAGCACCAAGGCCUGGGGCUGGGCCGCGAGAUAUUCAAGUUUGUGGAGGAUCACUGCCUAUCAUUAGGAUGUUCUACUCUCGCAUUGGAUAUUCUGGUUCCGACGAGUUACGCCCAUCCACUGAAGACGAGAAUGCAGGCAUGGUACAUUCGCCUAGGAUUUGAGCAAGUGAGACUGGCAGACUUUGCGAAGGAGUAUCCUUCUCUGGCGCCGCUGUUAGCCGGGCCUGCGGUGUACAGGGUGUUUGAGAAGAGGUUGGGGUAG